AUGUGGAUCAUCAACUGGUUUUACGACGUCCUGGCGUCCCUUGGCUUGCUCAACAAACAUGCCAAGCUCCUGUUCCUGGGUCUCGACAAUGCCGGGAAAACGACCCUCUUGCACAUGUUGAAGAACGACCGCGUUGCGAUCCUUUCUCCUACCGCCCACCCAACAUCCGAGGAACUUGUUAUUGGAAACAACCGAUUCACCACUUUCGACCUUGGUGGUCACCAGCAGGCCCGCCGCCUCUGGAGGGACUACUUCCCUGAAGUUAGCGGAAUUGUCUUCCUUGUCGACGCCAAGGACCACGAGCGAUUCCCCGAGUCCAAGGUCGAGCUCGACUCCCUUCUCGCAAUCGAGGAGCUCUCCAAGGUUCCCUUCCUCGUCCUCGGAAACAAGAUUGACCACCCCGAUGCCGUGAGCGAGGAUGAGCUUCGACACCAGCUUGGUCUGUAUCAGACGACGGGUAAGGGCAAGGUGCCUCUUGAGGGGAUCCGGCCCAUCGAAGUGUUCAUGUGCAGUGUUGUUAUGAGACAAGGAUACGGCGAGGGUAUCAGGUGGUUGUCUCAAUAUGUCUAA